UCUACAAGGGGGCUCAAAGACUGGCGAAGUCCAGAGAGGGGCAGUGCCCUGCCCAAGGUCACACAGCACAUCCGGGUACUCGCCCGGCAGCCCGAGGCUCCUGACGUCAUCACAGCCCAGGCUCCCGAGGUCGACGGGAAGUGAUGGCACCUGCUUGGCUUCUGGCCCUGGGAGGUCUGAGACUCCCAAGAUGGCGCUUAGCACGGCUUCAUUGCCCACAACUAAAAUGGUGCCCUCCGAAGUCUCAGUUUCUUCAAGCCCAAUACGCCCGCGAGGUGGGGUGUUCCAGAAGCCUCUGCCCUUCACUGAGAUGGCUCAGGAGUCGCACCCCCCCCCCAUGGCUCGUGCCCGCCCUCAUCAAAGAUGGCUCCCAACCCCUCCCCCCCACCGCUUCUGCGCAGGUGCGUCGUCUGAGAAGGGGAGGGGAAACGCCGAGGCGGGGACAGGGAAGGAAGAAGGACCCGGAAGUGGAGGGGCCCCCCCGGGUGGAAGUGACGCCACCCCCACGGCCCAAAAUGUCGGCGCCCAGAGGGAGGUAGAUGCCCCAGACAAGGCACGUGUGGACCCCCAGCCAUGGAGGACAGUGGUGUAGACGGUCCCCUCCCUGCUGCCGGCCCGGCCCCGGCCCCAGCCCCACCGGUGGCUCCCCGGGUGCCUUUCCACUGCAGCGAGUGCGGGAAGAGCUUCCGCUACCGCUCGGACCUGCGGCGCCACUUCGCGCGGCACACGGCUCUCAAGCCCCACGCGUGCCCGCGCUGCGGCAAGGGCUUCAAGCACAGCUUCAACCUGGCCAACCACCUGCGCUCGCACACCGGCGAGCGGCCCUACCGCUGCUCCGCCUGUCCCAAGGGCUUCCGGGACUCCACCGGUCUCCUCCACCACCAGGUGGUGCACACUGGUGAGAAGCCCUACUGCUGCCUGAUUUGCGAGCUGCGCUUCUCCUCCCGCUCCAGCCUGGGCCGUCACCUGAAGCGCCAGCACCGAGGCAUGGCCCCCCCAACGCCUGCAGGCUUGGGCCCAUCCGGCUUGGUCCCGGGCCUCCUCCCGACCCUGGGGCCCCCCGGGAGCCUCUCGGUGCAGGGCCCAUCCUGCAGCGCCUGCUCUGAUGAGGGCCCCUGCAUGGCCUGUGGGGGCGGCCCAGAGCCCCCAGGGCCGGGGCCAGGCCCCUGGGUGGGGGGCUGGGGGACGGGCGGGACGGGCCCGUUUGUCUGUGGGGCCUGUGGCCGAUGCUUCCUGGCAGGGGCUGAGCUGGCAUCCCAUUGGGCGGCUCACACCGAUGUGAAACCCUUCAAGUGCCCCCGUUGUGAGCGCGACUUUAAUGCCCCGGCCCUGUUGGAGCGCCACAAGCUCACUCAUGAUCUGCAAGGGUCCUGGCCGGGGCCCGAGGGCAGGGAGGCUGGGAUGGAACCUCCUGAGGAGCUCUCCUUGGAGGGGCCCCAAGAGUUCCUCUCCGAGGAUCUCCAGUUCUCUGAGGGGCCCCAGUUCUCUGAGGAGCCUCAGUUCUCCGAGGAGCCUCAGGAGUUCUCUGAGGGCCCCCAGGAGUUCUCUGAGGAGCCCCAGGAGUUCUCUGAGGAGCCCCAGGAGUUCUCUGAGGGCCCCCAGGAGUUCUCUGAGGGCCCCCAGGAGUUCUCUGAGGAGCCCCAGGAGUUCUCUGAGGGCCCCCAGGGGUUCUCUGAGGAGCCCCAGGAGUUCUCUGAGGGCCUCCAGGGGUUCUCUGAGGAGCCCCAGGAGUUCUCUGAGGGCCCCCAGGGGUUCUCUGAGGAGCCUCAGGGGUUCUCUGAGGGCCCCCAGGAGUUCUCUGAUGAGCCCCAGGAGUUUUCUCUGGAGGUGCCUCCAGAGGUACCUGUGGAGAUACCUGAGGGAAUGCCCAUAGAGGUGUGCCAGGAGUUACCUGUGGAUGAGUCCCAGGAUGGGCCCCCUGAUCCAGACCUGGAGGCCCCAUUCCCCGUGGCCGCAGAGCUGGGCGAGGCCUCCGAGGAGACCCUGUACCAGUGCGACUGCGGAACCUUCUUUGCCUCAGCGGCUGCCCUGGCUGCCCACCUGGAUGCCCACUCGGGCCCAGCUUCCUGCGUCUGUGGGGUGUGUGGGGCGGUCUAUGGGGCGGUGGCGGCCCUGGAGGAGCACCACCACGGGAGCCAUGGGGCUGGGCCUUCCCCCGGGGGCCCCCCAGCCGGCUCCGGCCGCACCCCUGCCGCUCUGGCCGCAGCAGCCGCCGGCAAGAAGGUGUUCAGCUGCUCUGAGUGCGAGAAGCUCUUCCGUUCCCCGAGGGACCUGGAGAGGCAUGUGCUGGUCCACACUGGGGAGAAGCCCUUCCCGUGCCUGGAGUGUGGCAAGUUCUUCCGCCAUGAGUGCUACCUCAAGCGACACCGGCUGCUGCACGGGCCCGAAAGGCCCUUCCCCUGCCAUGUCUGCGGCAAGGGCUUCAUCACACUGAGCAACCUCUCCCGCCACCUGAAGCUACACCGAGGAAUGGACUGAGCAGCCCUGUCCUGGACAGCCUCCUGGCCUGAGUGGGACCAAGAGGGGAGAGGGGGCUCCUGGUCUGGGGGGACCCCUGAGACCCCCCAGCAUGAGGGGAGAGCCCCAGUGCGAAGGACAGGGACAGCGGGCCGGGGGAGGGGGAUUGAGAGCUGGGGCAGCCUUGGGAAGGCCCCAGUGUCCCUGGCCCCGGGCAGUUUCCUGUCCUGAGAAAGCCCUGGAGCACAUCCAGCAGGCUCUGCAACCCUGCCUUUUUUUACUCCCCAGGAAGGGCCCCCCCAACCCAACCCAGGGACCCUAGAGGGGAACCUGAACCUGGUUCCCCUGCCUGCCCACCCCUUCCACCCUCAGCUGCUGUGGGCUGUGCUCCUUGACACCCCCCUCAUGCAAGGUGGACUAGGCUGACCCUGCUGCACCCCUCCAACCCCAAGGUGGACUGCUCUGAAUGAACAGAGCCAAUCCGGAUAAGGCUUUCACCUCAUGCCCCCUCCCCCCAUGGACCAGUCUAGAGUCUGUCUCCCCACCCCCUUAGAAUGAAUUAAUCGAGUUUGUCCUUCAUGUAGAGCGUGGACUGGUUCACACCCCAAUGCCCUUCCCCUCUCCCAGCCUCCCCACAAGGAAUGGGCUUCUGCCCAGCCUGGGAAUGCCCCCUAGCUCCUCGGUGGGUUUGGGAUCUCUCUGUCUCUCCCGUUCGUGUCUGUCUCUGUGUCUCCCCCCAGGCUGGGCCCCAAGGAGAGGGGUGACUCAUCUGGAGGUCCUCAUGUGGGAGCAUCUGCUUGUCUCCUCUCCUUCCCCACGUCCUCAGGACCCUCAAUAAACUGGCCUGGUCCUCGC